ACCUAUGUUCUCUGCUGCUUAAGAUCAAAAUGUGCUGAAUCACAGCAAACCUUCACUUAACACAAGAAGCUUGAUACAAAGCUAUGAAAUGAGAUUAUACGCUCCUGAUCAAAAAGACCAGUUGAAAAAUUGCACAAAUUUCCAUUUUGCACUGUUGGAUCUUAAGGAGGUUCUAAGUAGAGCUUCAGAGUGAAAAAAAGAAGACAUGGGAGUGAGACAAAAAAUGUUUGAGUAAGCAAUUUAUUGUACUAACAAACAUUAAGGUGAAAUAGGCUAUUCAUCAGCUGAUCGAAAGUUUAAGACCAUACCAAAAAAUAAACAAAUCUCUAAAAUAGAAAUAAAAUGUUCAAAAAAGGACUCAGUAAUGUGUAGCCGCGCCAUUCUUGUUAAUCACCUCAAAAAUUGGUUUGGGCAUUGGUUUGCCACACGGUUUGAUGCCAGUGUUUCCAGGAGGCUAGUGGGAAUGUUGCUCCAGGUGGUGAAGAUGGCUUCAUGGAGGGCAUACACAGUCUGGAACUGAUUGUCCAUUUUUGUAAACUUCUCAUUCUACUAGAAGGCCUUUGUCAGGCGGGCAUUGUGAACUGCGGAGUUGUCCUGUUGAAAAAUCUAGUCAUUACCACACAGACGAGGGCCUUCAGUCAUGAGUAGGGUUGGGCAUAGAAUCUUAAGCGUCGAUGAGAGCAGGGACUAACAUUCCGAUUCUCCCGGGAUCGUUCAAAUGAUUUUAUUCGGAUUCUUAGAUUUGAUGCCUACUUCACCAACCAAAUAGCCGCAAACACCAACAAAGAAGAAGCCGGUGAGCACCAGCUAAGAAGCAGCGGCUAAAAAGUUUGGUUUGAUAUCAUGCAAAGGAGGGUGCACGAUCAACACUGAUGUUCACACAUUCAUGGUGUAGAAAUAUCACAGUACCUCGUCUUUGAUGAGCUAUGUCGGACUUCAGUCAGUAUCUGAGAAGUCAAACAAUAAAUGAUGCCUGUCUCAUGUCAGUGUAAGCCAGGGUUUCAGGAUGCUAGCUGAUGUGGAAGUUCAAUGUAAAAAAAAGGACAGGAGCUAUGGCUAUGGCUAGGCAAAGGUUAUUAAUGUGCACAGUACGUUUCCCUUUAGCAACACACUUCCGGCCUUCAAAAUAAGGGUGUUUUCGGCUAGAUCCUAUUUACAACAUCUCCACAUAGCCAGGAGUCGUUUGAUUCCCCUGCACAGCCUGAAGCUCCAUUGUUCCAUUGAAGGAAAAAGCAGCCCAUAUCAUGAUGGCGCCCCCUCGACUGUGCCAUGUGGAAAACAUCUCAGGUGGGAUCUCCGUGUCAUGUCAGUUAUGUUGGAAGCCAUCAGAACCACCAAGGUUACAUUUUUUCCUCAUCAGAGACUAAAACUUUCUUCCACAUUUCAAUGUCCCUGGUAUGAUGUCCUUUGGUGCAAAUUCCAGACAGGCAAUUUUGUGGCAUUGAAGGUUUGCAAUGUUACUGAUUCACAAUAUAUAAAUGUAACAGUUAUCAACAUUGUAACAAUAUGAACAACACACCAAAACACAUCGAUAUUUGAGAAAAUAUACAUAGAAGAUAAAUGUAAAAUAUAGAUUUCUUCACUAGUGUCGCUUAGAUCGAAUCGCCCACCCCACUUGUCACGAGCUAGAAGAAGGGGUGAUACUGCACAUUUGGGCAUCGAUUCAAUAGCAAGCACAAUCGCACAAUUGCAGGGCCAGCUAAUGCAUUAUAUUUGAAAUUGAGACCCUUGAAUUAUUUUGUUCGUUUUUUUUGCUUUUAAUUUGCUGAGGACACAUAUUUUAGGCAAAAAAUAAUAACAAAAACAUCAACAUUAUACACAUUUAUACUCAAAAUAAAGUUGGGAUUUGGAUCGACCACCCCGUCACCACCUGUUGCAUGCUACAUAGUGUAAUGAUAAAGUCUGUCAUGUUUAUUGUUAAUAACAAAUAAAGUCAUUACCGUUGGGCUCAUGCCUGUUGCUUCCGGUGGAGUGCCCCCCUGAGAACGGUGUUUGUUGACCGGGCAACUUUCUCCGCCUGUGACGUGUCUGCAGCAGUCGGAAAAGCAUACCGAGGGAGACGCCGACAUGACCCGGUUGAAAUCGGUUAUCCCCGUAUAAACCGCCACCAUUACACAGAAAAAGUUAACUACAAUUAAAUGGCUGGGGUUGGACUUACCUGUCAGGUGUUUCGUUUUUACUGAAGAGUGAACCACAAUAGCGGAUUUUUCAGUAAAAGGUGGUCCACUUGUUGCUUUUUCCCCUCCUCACCCGGCGAUGGGCUCAGUAACUUCCGCCCUCACAAGGACACGACACGCUCUGGUCAAAGUGGGUUCGGAGCCGCAGAGUCACGACCCGGAGAGGAGCCAGUCCGCGCCCGAGUCGGACCGGGCAAGGAAGAGGGCCGGCCGGUUCCACAUCACGAUCCAAGCUGCUCGACAGAGUUCCCGCCAGUCGGUUCUGAGCCGGCAGGACUCGGAUAGCACGAAAAAGUCUGGAGGAGGAGAGACGCAACCAAGCGUGGCAAAUGAAGAUGGAGAAAGCUCAACUCGACCGCAGGCCAGUUUUGCACGCUCAAAAUCCCAGAGCGCUCUAUGGAACGCCAUCACCACAGGGAUGGGGAUCAAAGGCAAAGAGCAGAAGCCCCCCCAGAUUGACCCUCGAAGUCCCGAGGAGAUUCUGGCUGAUGAGCUCCCAGCUACAGACGAACCAGAUGCGUCUGAGAAAACCGCCAUCAGGCGGAAGUACAAGAAGACAUCCCAGAGAUUAAGAUGUCUGGUCAAACAGCUGGAGAGAGGAGAGGCUUCCCUGGCUGACCUCAAGAAGAACUUGGAGUAUGCGGCUUCUGUGUUGGAAUCGGUGUACAUCGAGGAGACCAGACGCUUGGUGGACACAGAAGAUGAGCUCAGUGACAUCCAGUCGGAGUCAGUACCCUCAGAGGUGCGGGACUGGCUGGCCUCCACCUUUACUCGGCAGAUGGGCCUGAUGCUGCGUCGCAAUGAGGAGAAACCUCGCUUCCGCAGCAUUGUCCAUGCCGUCCAGGCUGGAAUAUUUGUUGAAAGGAUGUACCGACGCACCUCCAAUUUGGUGGGACUCAGCUACCCGCCUUCCGUUAUAUCUGUGCUUAAGAAUGUUGACAAGUGGUCAUUUGACGUGUUCGCUCUAAAUGAAGCCAGCGGCGAACACGCUCUUAAGUUUAUUUUCUACGAGUUGCUCACCAGAUAUGACCUCAUCAGCCGCUUCAAGAUCCCAAUUUCUGCAGUGGUGUCGUUUGUGGAAGCUCUGGAAGUGGGAUAUAGUAAGCAUAAAAACCCUUACCACAACCUGAUGCAUGCUGCUGAUGUCACACAGACUGUUCACUACUUGUUACUCAAGACUGGCAUGGUGCAUUGGUUAACUGAGCUGGAGAUCUUUGCCAUGAUCUUUGCGGCGGCCGUGCACGACUAUGAGCACACGGGGACCACAAACAACUUCCAUAUUCAGACAAGGUCAGACACGGCCAUCCUGUAUAACGACCGCUCGGUGUUGGAGAGCCACCACGUGAGUGCAGCCUACCGCCUGCUUCAGGACGACGACGAAAUGAACAUCCUCUACAAUCUCUCCAAGGAUGACUGGAGAGAGCUUAGAGCUUUGGUGGUGGAAAUGGUGCUGGCCACCGACAUGUCCUGCCACUUUCAGCAGGUGAAGGCCAUGAAAAACUUCCUACAACAGCCUGAGGGCAUUGACAAGCCCAAAGCUCUUUCCUUACUGCUGCACACUGCCGACAUCAGCCACCCGGCUAAAAGCUGGGACCUCCACCACCGCUGGACCGCCUCUCUACUGGAGGAGUUUUUCAGACAGGGGGACAAAGAAGCAGAGCUUGGCCUUCCUUUCUCGCCGCUCUGCGACCGAAAGUCAACAAUGGUGGCGCAGUCACAGAUUGGCUUCAUCGACUUCAUCGUGGUGCCCACCUUCACCGUGCUGACCGACAUGAUGGAACGCAUCGUGACGCCGCUCAUGGACGAAGCCUCGCACUCGGGUUUCACGGGCUUUCGGCGCUCGAGGUGGGACUCGUGCCAUCAUCUGAACAGUAUUAGCUCGGAGGAGGCCAAGAGGCACAGCGUGAAGAGUAUGGGCUGCGACAGCUCCUCGUCGGGUCAGGGCUCCCUGCUGGCCGUCGACAUGAAGAACUUUAAGGCGCUGUGGAAUGAAGAAGUCUUUCAGAACAGGGAGCGGUGGAAAGCGCAGGCUACGAAAGAGGCGGAGGAGCGAGCGAAAAAGGAAGCAGAGGAGCAAGCCCAGCAGGAGGAGUCUAUGGGUCCCCAAGAGGACAACACGGAGUCCACUAAGCGACUUGAGCCAAAAGACGGCAAGAAGGAGGGGGAUGCGCAGUCCAAGCAGGCCUCGGACACACCACUCGACACAGGAGAAAAAGCACCACCAACAGCGGGGGGCUCUGCGGCGCACAAGAGUCCCUCACUGCAGAACGGAGAAUUGUCUGAGAGUGCGGACUCUCCAGGAAAUGACGAGACCAAAAACGCAGUGGUUGAUGCGGAGAUGGCAAUGGAAUAAACAAGAGGGAAAUCACGGCCAAGAACCACCAGAGGGGGCAAAAGUCAUUCAUUGGACUUUGUCGCCCCCUAUAGGAGAGCGACAAACUGACACCCUUCUUUUCCUGUGUUGUAUUGAGUACGUGUUUUGAUUUCUGCCAUACGUCCCUCCUCCUUAGACAUUCACAUGUGAGAUUUGAUGGCUGCUGCUUUUACUUGUAGUUAUUGUAUGUCAAAUGUACAUUUAACUCUUGGAUUUAGCCUUUGUACAAGUUUGCUACCAGCGCUGCUUUCAAACUCUCUAACAGAAGCAAAAAGGGAGAAAUUGUUCAUGUGUCCUCCCUCCCUCCUCAUCCUUACUUUCAUGUUAUGUAAAUGGAUGGAUUUUAAUGGAAGCUUUUGUCACAUAAAACACGUUUUUUUUAAAAACAUAUCACACACAAAUGCAUAUACAAAUCUUUUUGUCUACCUUAUUUGUUUACGCCCUAUGUGUGUGUGUGUGUGUGUGCACGCACGGGCGUGCGUGUGUACGUGUGUCACUCAUCACGAUGCCUUCUUACAAGCUUGUUCCCUGUUCAUCCAUCCUGCUCGUAUCUGCUUUUAAUGUAAUUCAUUUCAUCUGUUGCAAAUAGAAGAUGCAAAUAUUGCUUAUGAUGCAUAUGUAAUAUAGUGUAACAAACAUCUGCUUUCGCUGUAUUUGUAAAUAUACUAUAACUGGGAUUGCUAAGAAGAAGGGAAAAAAGCAUUUGGGCAGUAUUUGCAUUACAAAUCAGAUGUUUCCCUUGUAAUUGUACACUUUUAUUCAUUUCCUAAUUAUAUAAAUUAUUUUUAUUUUGUUUUAUUUUUAUUAUUUUAAAGGUGCAGUCCCUCUUCGGCUCCAAUAAAACUUUUUUUAAAACCAAAAAUCACAAGAACACCACCAGCUACCACAUGCUACCAGUAGUGGUUUAAAAGAAUAAAUGUCUAUAUUUGUCACAGUUCAAAGUUCAACUUUGUUCAGAUGACGGGUGUUCAUGGCUUUCAAUCACGGCAGUCUGGUGCGUACACAAAAACAACCAUAAACAAUUUGGAGGCUGGGGCGUGGCUUGCAAUGAUGGAGCAGGAAGAGGGCGGGAUACCUAAGAGCACCUUUAACUACAAAGUUAUAUACAGUACAUAGGGAUUGCAGAACCUUGUGGAUUUUUUUUUUUUUUUUUUUUACCUUUUUCUGUUUAAAUAUACACAGUCAUAUUUUUUUAUAGGACGUAAUGUGCUGUUGCUGUACAGUGUGUGUGUGUGUGUGUGUCCACGCUACUUUCUACCUGCAGCCCCAUUGGCUGGUUGUGUGCCUCUGACAUGUACUUUCGUUCGGUCCGACCAUGUUGAUUUUAGCAGCUGGACGUGCUGUAUUUGUUCUUCCUGUGUCGUUUCUUUGUGCUUUCCUACAUAUUUUCUCCUCUUGUUGGAUUGAGUGUUGCCGUCUCUCCUCUGUAUUCUUCUACUUUGAAGGAUUCAGUGAUGAUUUAGAACAAACACACAGCUUGUGUGGUGUUGUGGAGUAGCCUCUUUCCUCUGUAAUCUUUCUCACGCUGCUCUGUGGCUGUCCAGCGAGCCACUCAUAAUGACGCUGCGUUCACACGUUUCAUGUUUGCUUCUGUUAAAACCAACUAUGCUGUGUUUGCUCUGCUAGUACACGUUGCUUGGUCAAGUCAUCAUGUGACAAAUAUGUAAGAGAAAAUGCUUUAGAGGUGGUGUCUCUCUGCGGUUUCCCUCUGUGUGUGUGACAGCGGUGCUCUUUAAAAGUCUGUGUUUGGCCUUCGGAUUUUACAAUCCAAUACAAUCAAAUAUGCAAUUUGCAAUGAGUGUAAAGCGCUGAUUAUGUGAAGGGGGAGUAAGACGUCCUCCUUCAAUUCUUCAAAUCUAGUAUCACACCUCAGGAAGAAUCACUCGAAGUCACACGCAGUGCUAUGUGGAAAAAUAAUAAGAAGCAGCCAACGGUAGUGAAAAAGCUACUAAGCUACAUACCCAGUUUAUAAUUUCACUGAUUGUAUUAGACCAAACUUUCAUACCUGCCACUUUACUUCCUUGUUAUACGGAUGUUUGUGCUACGUAGAAAUGUGCAGCUUUCCAAAUUGUAUCGUUGCUGUUGACACUAGGAAGACAUGUUAUUUUAGUUGACUAUUGGUCAGGAUUUUUAAUGUCGUUCCUUUAGACCAAAUGUUUAAAAUAUACAGUACAUGGGCCUUUUUCUAUAACUUACAAUGCAUAUUGCAGUAUUUGCCUUAUUUUGCACAAACAGUGUUUAUUUGUGAAAUGCAUCCAGUGGCAUCACAGUAAAAGAAGCGUUACAUGACAUGAUGUUUUGAGGGAAGCGCUGCGACGUAUAUUGGUAUCGGUUGAUACCGGUGUCAUCGGCAUAUCGGGUAUCUUUAAGAAAGCCAGUAUCGAGCAUCUAUGUGGAAUGUUUGAGUUACUUCAUGUAACAUGUCUUGCAAACUCUUUAAAAGUACAUUUUAGAGCCUUUUUGUGAAAUCUAAGCUGGUAAAUGUGGCAGGGUAUAAAAAUAACCAACUCAACAGGAGGCAUACGGCUCUGUUUCAUGUAAUAUGUCACAAAAGCUCAUUAAAAGUAUGUUUUAGAAGCUUUCUGUGAAGUCUAAACUGGUAUAUGCAGCAGAAUAACAUAACUCAUGACAACCCAGCAGAAGGCAUUUUGGUUUGGAAUAUUUAUGUCAACCUGCUUUUACUUCAUGCAUGUGUUCUUUACUGCAUACAAAUACACCCACGUGAACACAGGAGUCCACACCGAGUGUUGCUGUUCAGUCUUCUGGUCUGGACAAAAAAAAAAAAAAAGGUACUUGGUAUGCACUUUGGUACUCCAAUUUUCCAAAACGCUCAUAAAAUAGACUUUUAAAGAGCGCCGUUGUCACACGCAGAGCAGAGGGACAGCACUUCCAACGCAUUUUCUUUUACAUAUUUGGCGGAUGAUGACUUGACCAAAUGAAGCGUACUAGCAGAGAAAAUGCAGACCCAAACCGCACCAAAGUUCACUCGCAUGCGGAGGGAGGCCCAUCUGUCAAGAGGUCUCGGGGUUCGGGUGAUAGCGCUCACACUUGACAGAAUGAUGCGCACUAGCAGAGCAAACGCAGCAUACAUCCUUUGAACCAGUACAAACAUGACAAGUGCGAACGUAACCUUGCUGUCUUCUCCAUGUGGUGUUUUUGUAAGCGUUUCUAUAUGUUGUUUGUUCUUAAAAUCCUUUGUCCUCCACCUUUCCUAUUUCUUACACGACUGAUCUCACUGGCCAUGACUUUGAGGUCAGAUGGAUGUAGAAGAGUGUGAGGUUAAAAACGCCGGAAAAUACUUAAAUGUGCAUUUCUGAUCUCCUCACUGUGACCUGCUCUGCUGAUGAAUGAGUGUGUGUGUGUGUGUGUGUGUGUAAGAGAGAGAGAGAAAGUGAGUGAUGUGGUGGACUGAAUGAAAAGUGCUGACACAAUCACAAAUGCAUUUCGGAUAAGCACUUUCUUAACAUUAACGAUCCGCUGACUGAACAGAGGGAGGGAAAAUUGCUGUGCUAGAUUAAAAACAACAAAAAAAGAUGGAUUCCAAACAGUAAACUCUCAAAUCUCUUGACUGAGGGGGUAUACUGCGAAAGUGGCUCAACAAACCAGGGCUUUGUGCUCAAGAUGCAGCUCAACAAAACCUAAGUUCCGAAAAUAAUGCACGGUGGUUAUCAGCUCACCUUGUCAGGUCCGCUUCAGCUUUGCGCUCAGUGCGCAUUCACAUAUUAACACUCAUCCAUUUAAAACAUACAUAAAUUGGAGCAGCAACUCUUUUUUUAAUCCUUGAAAUAUAUUUAUACUGUAUUUUUAUAUUUUACUGCACUGAAUUUUGGAGUGAAGUACUUGGUGGUCACCACUAUGUGGCAGUGUUGGCAUGUUUUGUGGCGACUUUUCCCCUUGUGACAAUUUUUUCUUUUUUUGUUAGAAUAAAGAAGUGUCAGAGUGUUUAUUCCUCCAGCAAAUAUUGGAAUAUAAGAAGACUAACGGGCUGAGUGGUCACACAAGGACUGCUGUGACAUAUACGUCUGACAACAUUGGCCAGGUUAAUGUUUCAUAUUGCAUUUUAUUCCUGGUGCACUGCUCAAAAUGUUAACAAAUGUAGCAUAUUCCCUCAGCUGAAAAUCUAUAUUCUUUAUAGAGAAUUUCAUCAGGGAAUGCUAGCGAAUCAGUGUGAUCUCGAAGUAGCCACCUCCGUUGUAGUGCUGCUCAAAUUAUUCUGAUGAAUUACACUUGGUCGGGACCAGGUUAUGAGUUUAGCCUAAGUUACCAUGGUGACAUAGCUGCUAUAAAAGAGAGCCACCUUCAUUGAACAGGCAAGCCCAGCUUUAGACUCAACACACCUUGCUAACACACUGAGCUCGCUUCACAGUAUACCCCCUAAAUCUGCAAGUCUGUGUGUGUGUGUGUGUGCCUUUGUGAGACUAGGGUAUUCUGCGAAAGUGGCUCAACUAUCCCAGGCUUUGUGCUCAAGAUGCAGCUCAACAAAACCUAAACUCCCCAAACAGAAUUAAACGGUACUGCAACGGUGGUUCUCAACUGACUUUUGUCAAGUCCGGUUUUCGGCUUUGUGCUGAGUGCGCGUUCACAUGAAAGGGGGCGUUUGACGUCACAUUAUUCUACUUCCGCUCAAAAAAGUAGCCAUCCCGGCGGGUGUAUUUUAUUAAAAAUGAGUAAGUAAUUAUUAUGGAGCGUUAUGAGGAGUUCCCAAAAGAUUAUGACUGCUAAAAGCAACAAUGUCACCGCCAACAGAGCGAGGGAGGACUGCUAGCAGAAUAAUGCUGAGCAUGUAAUGUGCAAGUUAACACUUAUAUUUUAUACUAAAUAUACCCUGCUAGUCUUUUCAUUUAUCAACAUUGCACAAAUUUGACAUUUGAACACGUGUCCAUUAAAGAAAAUAAAUAAAUUGGAGCAACAACGGCAUUUUUUAAUCUUGAAAUAAGUCUUCUUGUUGUAUCUCGUUGUGACCUCCCGAUGUCAGUGUUGAUGUGUUUUGUGGCGACCUUUUCAAUUUUUUCUGACUCAUUUUUCCUUAUUAUAAACAUGUUUUUUCUUCCAGUUGAUCGAUUCCCCAGAGUGCUUAUUCCUCCAGCAAAUAUUGUAAUAUAAGAAGACUAACGGGUCGAGUGAUAUUUACGUCCGCUAACGUUGUCUUAAUUAUUAAAAUUUACAUUGCAUUUUAUUCCUGGUGCUCAUGUGAGCAUAUCCAGCGUAUUCCCUCGUCUGAAAAUCUAUCUCGCUUACAGAUGGAUAAUAUAUUCAGGGAAUGCUCUUUUUUCCAAUUUUUUUCUCCAUGUCCCCUCGGGGGCGACGUAGGUUCUAAAUAAAUGGUGACGCCAUCUCCGAAUUAGCUAAACAGUGAAACAGGCUCUAAUUAGUUGCUAUGGUGAUUUAAAAGAGAGCUACCUUUGCUGAACACGCAAAUCCGGCUUUCCACUCAACACAGCUCGCUAACCCACUAAUCUCGCUUCGCAGAAUACCCUCAGAGCGACUGAAAGGGUGUGUGUUUGUGUGGGCGGGUGCAUGCAUGUGUGUGCAUGCAUGUGUGUGUCACUGUUCCAUUGUGCCACCAUGCUAUGUGACUGCACAUCUGUAUCAAUAAACUGGACUCAAAGGGCUCAGAUCAUGUCAGCAUGUCCUUCUUCCUCCAGCAAGGCUGCAAGCGGCUAUGCGGCUAUGCAGCAACCUAUGUGAA